AUGAGUAAAUCAAAGAUAGAAAGAGAUUAUAUAAAGAAAGAAGAAGAAGAAAAAGAAGAAAAUGAUAAGGUCAACAAAGUAGGAGGAAUUAAUCUUCAACAAGAUGAUAACCAUGAUCGUCAUGACGAUAAUGAUGUUGUUUCGACAACUUUGACUACUACUAUUAAUAAUAAUAUUAAUAAUAAUAAUAAUAAUAAUAAUAAUAAUAAUAAUAAUAAUAAUAAUAAUAAUAAUGUUCGAUUUGUAGUACCUGGUACAUUGGUAGUGGGUGUCAACGAUGAACAUAACCAUAAAUACAACUAUGGUAAUGUCAUUAGAUAUGUACAACUAGUUGAUACAAACAAAGAAUGGAAUGAAGAAAUAUUGGGACAAUAUUUAAAGGAUGCUGGGUUUGUUAGAGGUUCUGCCGACACUCCAAGUAACAAGGCAAAGAUGACACCAAUCUAUACAUUCAAAGACGAUCACGUUUACAAACUUGAAAUAAUUGGUUGUGGUCAAUUGGAUCUUAACAGAGCAAUCACUGGUAUCGCAUCACCAUUGUUUGAAAGAUUUCAAAGUCUUCUCGCGCCAUCCUACUCUAUUAUGACUACACUGCUCACAAUUGCAGCAUAUGUAAUGGGUAUUCCUAAAUUUGGUAGAGGGUCUCUCCCAAAUAUUGUAAAGCAUACUCUUGCAGAGGGGAUUAAAAUCAAAGAGAUACCCCGUGGUCUGCAAGACCUCGCAGUCAAGAUACAAUACACCAACAAUAGAUACUAUGGUCUCGUCGAUCAACAUAGAGGUGUGGUAUGGGACAAACCCAAAUUAACACAAUACCUACAACACAACAGUAUCAGACAAUACAAAACAACUAGAUACCGACCCACACAACCCAUCUAUGGUAAUAUCUACAAGAUGUGUAAAAUGAUAUUGUGUGUGGUCGUAGGCGGUGUUGACAAUUCCUUUACAGAAGCAAAGGUGGGGGAAUUUAUAGGAUUAAAAGAUGAUGGUGACGAUGAUUAUGUUGGCAUAGCGAUUGUUGAAUCGGCACUAGAUAUAAUCGGUAGUAUGGUACUACCAUUUUGGAAAACAAAAAAAAUUUGGUCACAGGUGAUGAGGACGAGUAUGGUUGCUGUCACAUUAUUGGCAUUUCAGUUGGGUGUACCUGGAUAUUGCCACCAUCCACUAAUCAAUAGUUGUUUAAAGAAAGAGAUACUGGAUAACUUGGAAUAUUCCUAUUACUAUUACGAAUUUCAAGAUGAUGUCUGGAAAUCAUUGAAAGAAUGCUAUUUUCGUGUUGCCGAGUAUCUCGAAAAAUCAUUGCCACAAAUCUAUGGAAAUAUAUCAUACUUGUUUUACUCACCACCACCACCACCAAUCUAUAGUCAACCAUUUUUGGUAAAUUUAAAAUUUGAAUGGGAUUUAAAAGCGGUGAAUAUCAAGGUAUCAACUCUAGAAACAUUGGCACAGGUCAAGAGAAUGUUUUAUGUCGAGUUUGGUAUUGACAAAUCGGUAGAGUAUACCGAGACUCAAGACAUGGGCUUUAGAUUCAAGUAUCUUAACCGACCACUCUACAAAGCCGACUCGAUGUUUGUCUAUGGAUUGGGUCUCCGAGAUGGAUGUCUCGUUAAAGUGGUGUGGGAAUCAAAGUGGAAAACCAUUCAAGUUCAAGGAUAUUUAAAGGAGGCACUCUCUAUGAGAGUCCAAGAUACCACUGUACUAGAGGAUAUUGUGAGGGAAUACUACCAAAAUACCCUUCCACCAACAGAAUUCAGAUACUUGAGUAUCGAAUACAGUGGUGUCAAAUUGGAACUUGAUGGUGACAUUGGUAGCAACCGAAUUAAAAACAACUCUUUCCUCUUGAUUGUACCUGAUAUUAUUCACAUACAUAUUGUACCAUCAUGGAAAACAGAGGAGAAGGAGGAAGAGAAAGAAGUCUAUACACUUCACAAACACACCACAAUCCUCUCUCAAUUGAUAGGCAAGUUUCUUGAUAAGCAUAAACUUCAACCCAAACAAAUCAACUUUACAAAUGCGUCGACUGGCGCCUUGAUCGACCCCAACAAACCAGCAACCCACCAAUCUCUUGAAAUGGACUCUAUAAUCAACGCCACUCUUGUCAACUCGAGACUAGAACUCUUCUACGAAAAGCAGCAUGCUGAUGACACAGUGUCAUUUAUUUUCGACAUCAAUACCACCUUUGGCAGUAUGAUGCUCCGAUUCUGUCAACAAGUUGGAAUCAAAGACAAGGACAGCGUAGAUUUUUUCUACAAUGACAAGAGACUAGACCCCAAGGAAACACCUAAACACUUAAAUAUUGGUCCACACUCAAACAUAAAAGUGGUAGAUCAAUAUACGACCAACAGACACUCUAGCAAACAUUGGUAUUAA